UUAAAACUAACAAACAAGUAGGUUACAUCGUAUUCUGGUCAGUCAAAUAAAACUCGAAAACAAACUGAAGGGCUUAAAGAGGAACUUUCAGCUUACGGCAUACUCCUGUCACCGGCAAGAUCGUAUACUGAGUUAUAAAUUUGUUUCACAGAGGACAAAGACCCUGACAACGAUGAAUGGAAUACAGAAUUGCUUGCUGUUGUGGGUGCAUCUAUAUUUAAUCAAUUUCUCGAGGAUCGCGGGUAACUGUCGCGGAAAUGGUUUAGUGAACUGUGCUUGUAAUUUUAUUGGUGCUUGCACAUAUGACGCCAGUAUAAGGAAAUUUAAUCCCUUUACUGGUACAGCACGUGAUCUAAGAAGGUACAUCCCAAACGUAACACCUUUGGCUAUGACUUGGCCACUUACACAGUCCCAGAUUACUGAAAUUUGCGAACCUGGAGAGAUUGGUAUUAUAUAUGAUUGUAAGAAUCGUAUUCCCCUUAUGGCUACAAUUGUUAUGACUGCCGAUCAGUAUAGAGAUCUUGGAUACAGGCGUCCUCCGUCGAAUUUCAGGCAAAGUUCCAAUAUCGCAAACCCGGAUUUGCAGCAAAAUGAUGACGACUAUAAUGACGCAUCAAACCGAAUCUUUUGCUACGAAUCAUUUAACGGGAACCAUUACAUUGACAGCAAAUGGUACCAGGCAAAACGUACACAAGCAAUUGCACCUCUCACGGCUUGUCAAAAUGCAGGAGCACCAAGAAAAUCACCUGUCCACAGAGGUCAUUUGGUUGCUGCCAGCUAUGGUCGUGGCCCACCGAAUUUGAUCAGAAGUGUGCAGACAUUCGUAUAUACAAACGCAGUUCCGCAAUUUGCCGGUCUAAACUCGGGACGAUGGCGGAUAUACGAGUCGAACCUCAUUAAAUGGGCGAAUGACAACUGUGGAAGUUCUCCUUUACACGUCAUCGUCGGCUGCAUACCUUCAACUUAUCCGGGAAAUGAACAACGGUUUUUCGGUAAAUCAGGGUUCAGCGAUUUUAUUGGACCAUCGCGCCUUUUUCCUGGAGGAUACGAGUAUAGAGUUAAUGUACCAUCGUACUUGUGGACAGCGGCGUGUUGUGAUUUACCAUCGAGCCGGAUCACCAGAAGUACCACAUUCUUUGCGGAGAACCUACCCAGAGGCUUUUCUCGACAAAGUGUCGAGUUAAGUAACUUGUUUUCAGCUAUUGGGGCUCAUGAUAUAGAUCUUUUUCCUGGAAUGGAUAGUUGCAACGAUGACAACAAUUUCGUCUCAAUUUAUUAAAAAAAACCCUUUUAUUAUUCUAGUAUACUAAAUAUUCGUACAGAAUGCUUUGUUUACAUAUUGAGUCACUAUAUCUCCUAAAAUACCCGGUCCUGUCAAAAUAUUUCGUUAUUAUCAUUUCAGUUAACUAUAUUCCUGAAUUGAAUGAGAUAUGUUUAUGUUCAAAGAAAUUGAAAACAUAGGAAAUCUGGCUAAUUUCUAAAUCAAAUUAUGAGCAGAACCGAUGCGCAGAAGCAGCUGUAACCCCGUUUUAAAGUUCCCUAUAUCGUAACUAUUUUAGUUAAUUCAUUAAUUUUUAGUUUAUUUAUUCUUUAUGUUGCAUCUUGAGGUUGACAUGGUAGAUUUUAAUGGUUUUAAAUUCGGUAUUCUGUUGAUAAAAUCCUCACGACACGCGCUAAAUGGCGCAGAUAAGCAAUAUAUUCAUUUGAAAUGUCUGAAAUAACACUUUGAAUUAAGGUGGCUCCAUAAAGAUAUUUGCCAGAUAUCCUUUACCAGCUGAUAGUUUUAGUGCAUAUAGAUCGAAUUAAAGUAAUUCCGGAAAAUGAUA